AUGGAUUCAGUCUUUUCUGUAAUUGGAUCAUAUGUGGAUUGGGAUGUCAUAAAUGUUCUAAUCUUCAUUGCAGUUUUCAUCAUCACCGCAGAUUAUGUUAAGAACCGUCGGCCAGUAAGCUUUCCUCCAGGGCCUUUGGCUCUUCCAAUUGUAGGCAACAUGUUCUCUGUGGAUCACAACAAGACCCAUGAGAGUAUGACACAGCUAGCAGGGAAGUAUGGAGAUGUGUACAGCCUGCGAAUGGGCCAGGAGUGGUUGGUGGUCUUAAAUGGGUAUGAGGUUUUAAAAGAAGCUCUUGUUACUCAAGGGGACAGUCUGGCAGAUCGUCCAUCCAUCCCAAUGCAGCAGGACAUAAGCAAAGGAUUAGGUGUAGGUUCCACUAGUGGGCACAUGUGGAAGCAGCAGAGGCGUUUUAUGCUUUCAACCCUUAGAUACUUCGGUCUUGGCAGCAAGUCACUUGAACCUGUCAUCCUGGAUGAGUUUACAAAUUGUGCGAAAGACUUUCAAAGCUAUAAAGGCAAGCCCUUCAAUCCACGACUCAUCAUCGGCAAUGCUGUCUCCAACAUCAUCUGCUCCCUGGUUUUUGGGCAUCGCUUUGAGUACAAUGAUCAGAGGUUCAAGCAACUUAUAAGCUGGUUUGAGACAACAUUCCGGCUUCAAGCCUCAAUUUGGGCACAGCUUUACAACUCAUUCCCUCUGCUGAUGAGACGUUUACCAGGGCCACAUCAAACCAAUAUGUGCAUUUGGGAUAAUGUGAGGGACUUUGUAAAAGAAGAACUGAAGAAACACAAACAAAACUGGGAUCCCUCUGACCAAAGAGACUUCAUUGACUGCUACCUGAAUGAGAUACAGAUGAGUAAGGGACAGGCUGGUAACACUUUUGAUGAAGAAAACUUGGUAAUGUGUGUCAUGGAGCUGUUUGUUGCUGGCUCAGAAACUACAGCCACCACCCUUCGAUGGGCCUUCCUCUACAUGGCGAAGUACCCUGAGAUUCAGGCGAAGGUCCAGGCUGAGAUAGACAGAGUUAUAGGGCAGUCAAGACAGCCAUCAAUGGACGAUCGUGUAAACCUGCCCUAUACUGAUGCUGUCCUCCAUGAGGUCCAGAGAAUAGGCAACAUAGUUCCUCUCGGCUUGCCUCACAUGACCAACAAGGAUAUCCAGCUGGGAGGCUACACUGUCCCAAAGGGAUCUACAAUCAUUCCAAAUUUAACUUCAGUAAUGUAUGACAAAAAUGAGUGGGAGACACCCGACACCUUCAACCCAAGACACUUUCUGAACAAGGAGGGCAAGUUUGUGAAGCCAGCUGCUUUCAUGCCUUUCUCUGCAGGUAAACGGCAAUGCCUUGGUGAGAACCUGGCAAGGAUGGAGCUUUUCCUCUUUCUCACCUCCUUUAUGCAGCACUUCACCUUCUCUAUGCCUGCUGGGGUGACGCCUGUGACAGAUUACACCUUUGGCAUAACUCUGGCACCAAAGCAGUAUGAAAUCUGUGCCACCUCACGCUAAGAGCAGCCCUGACUGACAGAAAAAAUCCACCAAAAGGAGGGUGCUGCCUCUGAAUUGGGAAACAGCCCAUGUUGUAGGUUGAAAGUGAAAAUAUUUAAACCCCCAAAGUAUUAGAUCAGAUACAGUAAUGUCACUGCGCAUCAAAACCCUACAGUGAUGAAACCUGAUAUGAAUUUCAGAAUAUUCACUAUGGACUUAAAGAAGCACCUUCAUUUUGAAUUAUUUCUGCUUUCAUUAUUAAAAGUCUUAAACCUGAUACAUGUCAAUAAUUGUGUGAUGUUAUAUUGUUAAUUUCCGAAACAUUCCCUGAAUAACAUCAAUGUGAAGUCUCAACAAUUUGUGAUACAUUACCAAAACUGUAACCCUGUAAGUUGCCUUCUGUCACUUACCUAUGAAAUGAUAUAAAUUAAUUUAAUUAA